AUGGCGAAUGUCUCGGGGGUUUUGUGUGCAGGACCAGAAGCGAACAGCCUGGCAGUUUGUGAAAGACUUCAGGCCACGCCGUACGACCCGAACGAAGGACAAACUUCGGAUGAGUUCGUGGAUCCCCAUCACAGCCACGACCUUCCAGACGGUUACGAUCAUGGACAUCACGAUUUUUCUUACCCUCAUCGAGGACCUGCUAGACCAGUGGAACAUCCACGAAAAAAGCUUGUGAAACUGUUAAGGAUAGUGCUGCAUGUACUUAACGUAAUGAACUCAUUCGCAAAUGCACAGGACAAUGCUAUCGGACGACCAAAUAUACCUACACCAGGACCUUCCCCCACAUCAGAUGCAUCAAGCAGUCAGACUAACAAAACCGUUGUAACAGGACCUGAUAUCGCCCCUGUCUCGGCAACUCCUAUCUCGGAGACUGGUCCCCAACGCACUGAAAUCCCGACUAUAGCGAUUCCCCACACCACUGCAGAAGCACCGUAUACUCGGACCCCGAGCUCAGCGGUCCCUACCUCAGAGAAACCCAACGGUCAUUCCCAUGAAGCCCACGGCGCGAUACCUACACCAGGACCUUCCCCCACAUCAGAUGCACCAAGCAGUCAGACUAACAAAACCGUUGUAACAGGACCUGAUAUCGCCCCUGUCUCGGCAACUCCUAUCUCGGAGACUGGUCCCCAACGCACUGAAAUCCCGACUACAGCGAUUCCCCACACCACUGCAGAAGCACCGUAUACUCAGACCCCGAGCUCAGCGGUCCCUACCUCGGAGAAACCCAACGGUCAUUCCCAUGAAGCCCACGGCGCGAUACCUACACCAGGACCUUCCCCCACAUCAGAUGCACCAAGCAGUCAAAUUAACAAAACCGUUGUAACAGGACCUGAUAUCGCCCCUGUCUCGGCAACUCCUAUCUCGGAGGCUGGCCCUCAACGCACUGAAAUUCCGACUACAGCGCUUCCCAAUACCACUGCAGAAGCACCGUACACUCCGACCCCGAGCUCAGAUGUCCCUACCUCGGAGAAACCCAACGCUCAAUCUCAUGAAGCCCCCGGCGCGGUGGUCUCUCACAUGGAUAAGAUUCCUAUCGCUCAGAACGCGGAGGUUACCCCUCCCCCUGCAAUCCCGGAUACUCAACGUAAAGAAGGCAGCACUACAGAAAAACCUCAAGCUACGAUUGUUGAAAGCUUGCUGCCCUAUGGACCUUAUCGUCGGCCUGCAACUCCAUACCAAUCUGGUGGACCAAAACAAUCGGAUGAGCCCACCGGCCAUCCCAAUGAGCCAUAUCCAUACGACCCCAUAUCCGAUAGGCCCUAUCGUGGCCCAGAGGAAGUAUAUCUAUUCCAUGGACCCACUAUAUUUGAUAAAUCUUAUGGGGAACCUCGGUAUUCAGAUAACUUCGAUCAUGGCAUUGAACGCCCCACACAAUUUUACGAACCAUAUCCUGCAUCCCCGAAGUCAACUGAUCCGAAUCGUGGCCCUUUAAUAUCAGAUGAACCCUUUCGAGGUCCUCAAAAGCCAUACCCCACUCAUGACACAAUAACAUCAUAUUUACCAAAUGAAGGACCUGAAAAGCCAUACCGCGAACCCUCUGGCCAUCCUAAUGAGCCAUAUCCAUACGACCCCAUAUCUGAUAGGCCCUAUCGUAGCCCAGAGGAAGUAGAUCUAUUCCAUGGACCCACUAUAUUUGAUAAAUCUUAUGGGGAACCUCGGUAUUCAGAUAACUUCGAUCAUGGCAUUGAACGCCCCACACAAUUUUAUGAACCAUAUCCUGCAUCCCCGAAGUCAACUGAUCCGAAACGUGGCCCUUUAAUAUCAGAUGAACCCUUUCGAGGUCCUCAAAAGCCAUACCCCACUCAUGACACAAUAACAUCAGAUUUACCAAAUGAAGGACCUGAAAAGCUAUACCGCGAACCUAUUAAGUCUUAUAUUACUUAUGAAAAUCGUCCCAAUCUAAUUAUGGAUCCCUGUAAGGGACUUCCAAAGUAUAAGUUCCCGUUGAGCGAUUCUAUCCCGGCACCACGUAGCACCAUACAUUUUGGACACAAUUUUGGAUCCACACAGACAGAUAGUCCUAGUCCUAGGCCCUCGAUAAUGUAUGAUGGUCCUAUCUUCGCAACACGUAGAACCAUACCUAAUAGGUCAAUUUUUGGACCCGCACAGUCAUAUGGACCAAACACCCAGCCCUCAAUAAUAUAUGAUCAUUAUCGAGGACCAAGGAAAUCAACUGAAGACGACCAGGGACCUCCCAAAUCAGACGAACCAGCUCCGAGACCUUCCACAUCAUAUAAAACGAAGCAAGAACCUGCCAAGUCCGAUGAACCCAAUCAUAGACCUUCCAUAUCAUAUAAACCCAAUCAGGAACCACCCAAAUCCGAUGAUUCUGAUCCGAAACCUUCCGUAUCAUAUAAACCCAAGCAAGAGCCUCCCAAAUCAGAUGAACCCGGUCAGAGACCUUCCAUAUCAUAUAAACCCAAAGAGGAACCUGCCAAGUCUGAUGAACCCGGUCUGAGACCUUCAAUAUCAUAUAAACCCAAGCAAGAACCUGCCAAGUCUGAUGAACCCGAUCCGAGACCUUCCAUAUCAUAUAAACCCAAGCAAGAGACUCCCAAAUCAGAUGAACCCGGUCCGAGACCUUCAACAUCAUAUAAACCCAAGCAAGAACCUGCCAAGUCUGAUGAACCCGGUCAGAGACCUUCCAUAUCAUAUAAACCCAAGCAAGAGACUCCCAAAUCAGAUGAACCCGGUCCGAGACCUUUCAUAUCAUAUAAACCCAAGCAAGAGCCUGCCAAGUCUGAUGAACCCGGUCCGAGACCUUCCAUAUCAUAUAAACCCAAGCAAGAGACUCCCAAAUCAUAUGAACCCGGUCCGAGACCUUCCAUAUCAUAUGAACCCAAGCAAGAGCCUGCCAAGUCUGAUGAACCCGGUCCGAGACCUUCCAUAUCAUAUAAACCCAAGCAAGAGCCUGCCAAGUCUGAUGAACCCGGUCAGAGACCUUCAAUAUCAUAUAAACCCAAGCAAGAACCUGCCAAGUCUGAUGAACCCGGUCAGAGACUUUCCAUAUCAUAUAAACCCAAGCAAGAGCCUGCCAAAUCUGAUGAACCCGGUCCGAGACCUUCCAUAUCAUAUAAACCCAAUCAGGAACCUGCCAAGUCUGAUGAACCCGGUCAGAGACCUUCAAUAUCCUAUAAACCCAAGCAAGAACCUGCCAAAUCAGAUGAACCCGGUCAGAGACCUUCCAUAUCAUAUAAACCCAAGGAAGAACCUGCCAAGUCUGAUGAACCCGGUCCGAGACCUUCCAUAUCAUAUAAACCCAAGCAAGAGACUGCCAAGUCUGAUGAACCCGGUCCGAGACCUUCCAUAUCAUAUAAACCCAAGCAAGAACCUGCCAAAUCAGAUGAACCCGGUCAGAGACCUUCCAUAUCAUAUAAACCCAAGGAAGAACCUGCCAAGUCUGAUGAACCCGGUCCGAGACCUUCCAUAUCAUAUAAACCCAAGCAAGAGCCUGCCAAGUCUGAUGAACCCGGUCCGAGACCUUCCAUAUCAUAUAAACCCAAUCAGGAACCUCACAAAUCGCAUGAACCGGAUCAAGGAAUUCCCAAAUCAGAUAAGCUGGACCCCCAAAAACCAGUUGCUUCCAACAUGAAACCGCCCAUUGCACCAGGUGGUACAUACGAUAACCAGGAUGCAUUUUUCUUCGGCUGCAAUUGGAGAUUCCACGCCAAUUACCAGUACAUCGGCGGAGAACACAUCCCAACGGUCACCAGGUUGCCUGAAUGCAUCAGUGAGUGUCACAAUGCAGGUGAAGGCUGUGUGGCAUUCGACUGGAACAAGAAGCACAGCGGGUGCUACACGUUUAGAUCUUUGGAGGGAAAGGAAACGAGGCAAAACGACGAGGUUGAUCAUAUCCAAAAAUAUUGCCCUAUACGCUUCUUUUAGGAAGAAUUACAUCACCCAUAUGCGUACAGCCGCAUGUAUGAACGUUAAACUUCGUCACCGGAACAUUGCUAUGACAUAGCCGGAACUCUCACGUCCAAACCUCAUCCCACGUGUUCUGAAUCUAAUGUCUUUAGAAAAUAACGAUUAAAGACU